AGGAUUGUGGGAACCCAAGGCAAGAGGUACUAGCGCACGCAGGCUUUCAAUUGAAAUAAGUUACACAGCGAUAAAAAGAAACAAAAAAUGCCAAGAACCUGUUGUAUUAUUAACUGCACAAGCCGGGAGAACGACAGCCGCGUGAAGUCGACGGGAAAUGCGUUUGGUUUUUAUCGGAUUCCGGCGUGGAAGAGAAAUUCUCCAAGCCAUGUCUCCGAAGUCACGAAGAGGCGACGGAUGGCCUGGAUUGCCGCUAUCAGAAGACCUAAUAUAACGUUCGAAAACACUCCACCUCACAUGUUAGUCUGCUCCAAGCAUUUCCACAACGGCAAACCAGCCUACGAAAUGCUGGAAUGCGAUCCAGACUGGGCACCCUCUCUCAAACUGGGCCACACAGAAGUUAAAGCUUCUACCACUGCUAGAUUUGAUCGGUUAAAACAGAGAUCGAAAUCAAAACAGCCACGAAAAGGCCCGCGUUCCUCUGGGGCAGAGACAGCUCAUGCAGGUGAAAUCCAUCCAGCACCAGUCACUACGGAAACUAUAGCUGAGAGCCAACCACAGCAGAUAAAUCCAAAGCACGAGGAUGAAGAUCUGCAGGAGUGUAAAAUGUGUUCUCAAAGGUUACAAGAAAUAGCACACCUUCAAGAAGAAAACCUAGUGUUAAAAAAAGAACUGUCCAAAAAGAAAUUAGACAUGGAAUUCUUGAAAGACGAGAACUCUAAAGUUAAAUUCUACACAGGGCUGCCUUCUUUUGCUUUACUAAUGGGGUGCUACAACAAAUCAGCCCGAGCUUGCCAGACACUGACAGGAAAAUUUCCCAGUUUCAGAUGCUCUUGCUAACUCUCAUGCGUUUAAGACUCAACCUUCCGAUUGCACAUAUUGCACACCUCUUUGAUAUUAGCCGGACAACCACUUCCACUGUGUUUAACAUUACUGUAAAUGUGUUGUACGCUCACCUGAGUCCAUUGGUGCACUGGCCUGGAAGACAUUGCAUACAGGCCAGUAUGCCACACCAGUAUGUAGAGAUGUUUGGUGACCGGGUGACAGUUAUUAUUGACUGUUUUGAACUGUUCAUAGAGAGGGCACAAAAUUUACGUGCCAUGGCGGAGACAUAUUCAACAUACAAAAGUAGACACACAAUGAAAUAUCUCAUUGGGAUCACACCACAGGGGACCAUCUCUUUCAUUUCUAAAGGAUGGGGAGGGCAUACAAGUGAUAAACGAAUAGCGGAAACUUCUGGCUUUUUACAGAAGCUUUC